AUGAGUAUCAUCGUCAGCAUGCCGGCCACAGCACCCACUCCAGUGUCAGUUCCAGUAAUACUGAAAACACCGAUCGCUCGCCCGGAAGCCAAGUUCGAACUUCUUGCAGCGGAACUGCUCGGGGAAAUCUUUGGCUACGUGGAUCCAGAGUAUAUCGGCAACGUGCGACUGACUUGCCGGUCUUUCGCUAACGCUUGUGUCAAACAUAUGCCUAGGAUGUGCGUGGUCAGCUGUGCGAAAACCAGUCUCGAGAAGAUGGAGCACCUUUCAACCCACCCGCUUUUUUCUCAACAUAUUCGGUCUCUUACAGUAGACUGCAGCCAGUUAUGGACACUUGUUACUGGAAAAUGCAAUCAGCCAUGGAAUUAUGUGAGUGCAGUUAAUCCAGAGGCAUUUCCGUGGUGUGAAACGUACAAGACCCUAUGGAAAGAGCAGAGAGAAACUAGACAAAGCGGUAGAGAUGCUACCAUCAUAUCCAAGGCUAUUCCGAACUUCCAGAAUCUCAAAACCGUCCGGAUAUACAUGGGCUGUUUCAAUGAAGACGGCCGUUUGCACCGGGAGACGUACAAAUCAGCAUUUGAGCAUUUCAGCUUCGCCCAUGAUAAGCCUGUUUCUUGCGGUAUUGAUCAGUAUCUAAUGGUCAUGGAGCCUCUACGUGACGCAGGAAUUAAGAUCGAAUCUUUGGAGCUACGUGAUGUGUCGUACGGUAUCUUCUAUCCCCAAAAGGAGAUCGUGGUUGACAUGGAGAAGAUCUUCCAGAACCUCACCAGCCUAUAUAUUCGUGUCCAAGUUCACCCUGACAAGGUAAUGAGCUCACUCAACCCGAAACCUGAGCUGGGAAAGGUCCUCUAUUGGGGAGUCAUGGCACAAUACGUCGAGGCAGCUGCCGGUCUACGCUCCUUAUCUCUUGCAUCAAAGGAUGAUCACGGCUGUAGAAUGAUGUCUGCAGACUAUGCAUUCCCUGCUACCUUUACAUGGGAGCAAUUACACACCCUUUCACUCGAUAAUGUCUGGAUCACGGAAGAUAUGUUGACCGGCCUGGCUACUCGCCAUUCCAAAACACUCAGAAGCCUGACGUUACACAAUAUAGUCAUCCGCGGGUCUUGGUUCACUGCCUUGCCUGCCAUUCGCGAGGCUACCUCUCUAGAAAGAGCAGUAGUUUACGGCUGGCUUGCCAACCCGGUGGGCGUGUAUCCUCGACGUGAACACUGGAGACUUGGCGUCUAUCCCGACAGAGAGCAUGACACACCUUGGGGGGAUGAUGCAAGGCAACAUAGGCUCGGGCUUCAAGUUGCAUCUUACCUCUGUAAGGUCCCAGCUACCUUUUACCUCCCAUUGGAUUAUUCGAACAUGACUAGAGAGAUUUAA